GUUUGACCCCCAAGUUGUCGGCGCCAUCAGCACUCGGGGCUACGUAGACAAGAACACGGGAUAAAGCAACAUGGGAGAUUCACCGAGGAGGUUGGAGAUAUCCCAUUCAAGCUCGUUCACGGGACUCGCUGGUGGAGAUAACCCCGACGAGUUUGUCGCGCGAUUCCAAACAACCAAGUUGUCAUGGAAGGGCAAGUACGAGCGCAUCUUUGCGCUGUCCGCCACGCGCUUCUGUACCAUCGACCCCAAGGACUUUGACGUGACCAACAGUUGGUCUUACCAAUCGUUCGUGUCGUUCGAACUCGACCUCAACGACGACCACGUGUUUACGUUGGUGCUCGUUGGUCCAAAGAAAGAAGAGCAACUUAAAUUGCGAUACAAGUACCGUGCAUACUUGCUGACCGAGUUUCUUCGGCUGCACACCGCGAACGCGCAAACGACGUCGCGGCCGCCGCCGCCGCUGCAAUGCAACGCCACCAAGUUGACACGACUUGGCAUGGAGCGCGAGUGCAUUUUGGAGAUUGCUCCCGACGGUCUCGUGUACAAGGAAGUCCUUCCGACGUCGCAAUCCGCGGCGGUACUGGAACGAUUCCCGUACACGGACAUUGACCACAUCACGCCAGUCUCCAACUCCACGACGGGGUGCGUUGUCGGGUACUACGGCAGACAAACAGUGUUCUUCACGACCGACCGAUCGUUUCUGAUUGGCAACAUGGACAAGGCGGCGGCGCGUGUCGGGCUGCGAUUGGCCACACGUGGCAAGCUCACGUUGGAGCAAGUCGCGGCCGACAAACCGAUUUUGGAUGUGGCCGAAUGCAUAGUGCAAUUUCCCGUUCAAAAGUUCUCGAGGCGCCACGAGAAGCCAGAGCGACGAAUCCUAGCCCUCGUUCCAUCGGCGCUGCUCGAGCUCGAUCCGACGUCGCUCACCGUGCUCACAAGCAUCCCCCUCUGCUCGCUGUUUGCCGUGAUUCGACACCCCGGGUCGUUCCAGUUCGAGCUCGAGUUUGUCCAUGGCACCCACCAGCGGCUGUACUCGUGCCGCGACCGCGACGGCGUCUUGGCAGCGCUGUACGACGCAGUUGGCACGACCAGCUCGGACAAGAGCACGCUCGAGAUUUCGUCAACGCCGAGCCAGACCGGUCUCCGCCUCUUGCCGCGAUUUGCGGUCGAAGACAUGACAGAAACCUCGAGUUUCUUUGGCGAUUCGUCGAUUGGCGCGUGCUUUCUCAAACGAUUGGCGGCGGUCGGCAAGUACACCAUUGGGAGCGGCAUCCGCGCCGGCGCCGCCGCCGGACGAGGCCUGGUGUCGAUUGCCGCCGAGUUCAACGCGAACGUACCCCUCGCUGGCAUUCAAUACCACACCAAGCGGUCGGUUGUGCUGGAGGCACUCAAGCCCUUGGUCGUGCAGCUGCAGACGGUGGCCGCGUGCCAGCCGCCGGCGCCGCGCACCGCGGUCACGUUGCUGCAGUGCCUGUGUCGCAUAGCGAGCUCGUUUUACGGAUUCCGAGAACUGCUGCAUUUCCCAAAUGUCCUCGACAGUCUGCGGCUGUUGAUCGUGGCCGAGGACGAGCUCACCGUGUUUUGGACAGCGCUGCUCCUCCAGCGCGUCACCAUGCACACGAUCGUGGCCUCGGCGGCGGCAGGCGGACUACCCGACGGUAGUAGCCCUGACGGGGAAACCACCGACAAGCGAGCAACCAAUGGCGAAGCAGAAUUGAACAACAAACGUAUGCUAUUUAGUCAAGGGAUGCUCGUGACGGGGCUUGUGGGGGUGCUCGGGCGCUUCGCCGACCGCAAGGCCGGACCGCUUAGUCUCAUGGGCAACCUCCAGGUGCUUGAAGGCGCCAUCUGUUCGCAUCGGCACACGACGGACGCCGCCACCGUCCGCUUCCUAGUCGACCACCUCGUACCACACUACGACUCUCUCACACGGUUGCUGUUUCAAUCUCGAUGCACCACGACGGUCGAAUCAUGUACGUUGCUCGUACAAGCCGUGUUGCGGCUGUGCUCAUCAGAUGCGGCGGCCUCCAUCAAGGACGCCGCGCUGCGCCGCGGCCUUGUCCUACAGCAUUUAUACCAAGCCAUCUUCGACCCGAGCUUUGACCAACGGUGUGUGAGUCGCUACAUGAUUACCAUGUGGAUGAGCGACCACGCCCCAGCAAAGCACCUGCUUCGGCGCAUAUUUCCGCCGGGGUUGGUGUCAUGUCUGGAGAUGCGGUUGCUGUCGCCGGCAGAAGAGUGCCAGCUCGACGAUUUAGAAAAGACCACGUUUAUGGACAAGUUUGGAGCGUUCAACGCCGAGCUGCUGCUGUCCCGCCGGAGCCCGAGCGAAGUAGACAACGAAUCGUUUUACGACAAUGGAUCGGAUGGAUUGUCCGUCCAUUCGAACCAUGCUAUCUCAGACACGAUGCUUUCGUCGGCCAAGUUACUGGAUCGCAUGCACAUCAAGACGACGGGCACCAAUGUGUUUGACAAGAGCAAUUCGAAUCAUGGGGCGACGACGAGCAGCGUCAGCAGUCGAAGCAGCCGGUCGUCCGUGUUGAAAGAUGGCUUGUUCAACGUGCAAAUGCUGCGGCGCGCCAUCACACGCGGCCUCGGCGCUGCCAUACCGGAAUCAUCCGCACCAAGUCCAUCUGCGACACCGUCGGAUCGGUCGCCAGAGAACUUUCGCAUUUUGUUCCAUAUGGUCCAGCAAGACCACGAGUCGAUCGAGUUGGUGUGGACGUCUGCGACACGGGAAGAGCUGCAGACGGCCCUGUCGCAUGAAAUCCACCGGUUUCGCGAGAUUUUUGCGUCGUCCACAGCCAACGUUGUGUGGAACUACGAAGACUUUUCCAUCUCGUACUCAAGUUUAGAGAACGAACUGGUCGUGGACGGGAUGUACCUUCGGCAUUUGCUCCAGUGUCCCGUAGCGGCAGUGUCUGACGAUGGCGAAGACGCGUGGAGGCCGCCGCUGCACAUGGAGGACAUGCCGGUGAAGAAGCCCAAGCGGUUUGUUACAGCGCUGUACAAGAAGAUCUUGCGGGAACAGGGCGAUGCUGAAUUCAAAGGCCAUGUUGAUAUCACGGUGAGCUGUCUCAAGGCGUUGGCAUUUGUCACAUGGGUGUACGAGUUUGAGUACUAUUUGCCCCUCGAGGACGUGGGGUACCUGCUGGCCAUGGUAGAGUCGACGACUCGGUGUGAGUUGCUUGUGCAUCUACUCCAAGUGCUCCGAAGUGUCACCAAAGUAGCAUUCAACGGCGCCAAGUUGGUCAAAGAUCCGCGCGCUGUCCCGUUGUUGGUGGCGUUGAUUCAAAUGGCGCACGUUUCCCAGCGAAAUCAGCCAUCGACACGUGGACAAGCGGUUUGGACGUGCGGUGCCAACACUCUAGAGCGGAAAACACUGGACGAAGUACGCCAGUACUUGAAGGACAACACCAACGUGAACAACCACCAUGAGUCGUUGGAAGUGCCCAUUGGACGCUGGAUGGGCACCGCCAACAGCACGCUUGGCAAUAUCCCGCAACUCAAGUGGGAAUUCGGCAUGGACAGACCGUUUGAUCCAGUCCACGUAGCCCACGACGCCAUCCAUGUGCUGAUUGCCCUCUUGAAGAGCAACCCACUGGUCACAUUGCCUGAAGUCGUAGUGUUCCCGAUCCCAGUUGGCCGACAACUGACCGCGGCCCAUAUCGCGGACAUGGCGUCCAUACUCGUACUCCAUGAACUGCCCAAGUUAUCCGAACUGGCCAUGCACGUGUUGGUGCUGUUGUCGUCGUCGUAUGCGUCGCCCUCGUUGUACACAACAGGGGUGUUUUACAUGCUCUUCUUGUACAAGGGCGACUCGUUUACUGACUUUGCUUCGUUUUUACAAGCCACACACCAGCUACAAACCGUAUCAACCGAGCCGCGCCAUAUUCUAGCGGAUCUGCUGCCCCCAGCCAUGAUCGAUCAAUUGGAUUUGCUGAAUCCGGCCGAGUUUUCCGCCUUGUUCUGCAGCGGCGAUCACGUCGAGUCCCCCCGUGUGAUCUGGAACCCCACCAUGCGGCACAUGUUGUGGCGAAAUUGCUUGGCCCAUCUAGACGACCAUCGAGCUACUCUGCAACAAGACGUUGCAACUCCGUACGAGUACCACCCUAUGGCGCCAGUAGUGUACCACGAGCAUCUCGGCCGCGAGUUAUAUUGCCACGGGUAUUACUUACGUCAACUUUUCAACUCCACAGAAGUGAUCAAGGAUCCAGUGGCUUUUCUAACCAGUUUACACGAUGCAUGGACGGCUGAAGUGCAUCGUGUGGCUGUGGGCGUCUCGCGCGACGAGGCAAAGGCGACGCUGGAAUUGGUGGUCGACGACGGGAACUGCGACGAUGUUCGAGACGCGUACAAACGACUGGGUAAACCCAUUUGUCCAGAACAGGCUCUGGCCGACCCAGACAAACUGCAACGCUUUGAACGCAUUCAAGUAGCGUUUGCGGUCCUCACAAGUCCUCGUGAAAGUUUGCUCACUUCGGGCUAUGACGCUGUCAACUUGGAGCUGCUUUUGCGUGCGCAAAUCUACAUUGUCACAACCUGUGCCCCAGCGUUGGCAUCGUCGAAACUGGACGCGUUCCCACUACUCCUAGACUUCCUAGCCACCCAUUGCACGACCGACCGCCUCGCGGUGCCGCCGCUGACGUCGCACGCCGAGCAGCUGCAUCUGUCGCUCCUGGCCACCCGUUUGCUCCGCCUUUCGUGCGCCGUGUCCGUGCAAAACAUUCCGUGGUUGCUGGCCCAAGAUCAGUGUGGGGUAGUGGACGACGCGCUGCAGUACGUUGUGACCCGGAUGAUUGACGACAACGACCCUACCGACGAAACGACUUACAUUGAUACUGCACUUGAACUGAUGCAAACAGUGGCCAGUCUCGCCGGGACGUCUGCCGGACGCCAGUGGAUUGCAACCACCGCCUCCCACGUCCUGCACAAUAUAUGGCGGAUUCUCUGGUAUUACCACAGCUUUACGUCGCCCCCGACAGACGCCUUGUUUGUGUUGGUGCGGCACACGCUGGAAGCGCUAUGUCGAAUGUGCGACGACGCCACCAAGGACGCGCCGCUCCCCGAGCAAAUUGCGCAAAACGGCGGCAUAUUAUGGCACUUGUUGGACUUGUGGUACGCGUUCGACUCUGCCGUGGACGAGCAAGCGUUGGCCCGACGCCUCGAACCCACGGUGCUGUUUACCGCAGGCGGCACGACUCUACAUGACGAUGUCGGCGGCCAUGUCCAGACUUUGCUGGCGACGUUGAGCGUUCGUGUCUUCGUUGCUGCCAACAAGAGCAAUGUCACGAUUCAAGCCGUGUGCCACACCUUGUUGUCGCCCAACUUGUACUUUCAAUCGACGAAUCCGUCAGCGUUCAAGUUUUUGCACUUGUUUCACCGUGACACGAUGUCGCAUCGGUUGAUUUGGACAUCACAGAUGCGAAGUGAAUUGAAAGCGUUCUUGGCCCCGCUGGUGAAUACCCCGCCCGCCUCCACACCGUCGUCGUCCGUCACCCAACUUGGCCAGUCGUUCCGCUUUUCCGCGUUGAAGGAACAUGCGAUCGUGGACGAUAUUUACCUCGAGCCGCUCCACACAACCCUCUCGUCUUCGUCGUUCACGGCCAACUCGGUCGACGUUGUCCGGCAACUGGGGCUCCCGCCAUCCUUUUACACUGCUGCUGCCUCGUUCGUUCGGACCGGGCGCCUUCCACUCGCCGCUCAUGGUGUCGUGGGGUGGGGCAUCACGCCCGACGUAGAGCUCCGGUUUCGAGAGCUGUCGUUGGGUAUCUUGGCGGCGUUGGUUCCGUGGGCAACCGCCCAAGUCGAAGCCGGCUUCAUGGGGGGGGCUGCAAAGUCGGCUCACACUGGCGUCUUGACGCUGCUGAAUUGGGUGCUGCCUCCAGAACACAAGUUUAUGCAGACCCAUCCGUCGCUAAAGGAGGGUGUGGCCGCGCUUCCCCAAGACGGCACGGUGGCUUUUGCCACGUUUCAAAGCCACUCGCUGACGAUUCUGCACGCGUUGGCCGCCACCAAGUCGUUUGGGGACUCGUUGGUCGAGUCGAAAGUGGGGCUGUCGGUGCUCAUGCAUGCGGCGUUGAUGGAGGACCAGCACAGCGGUGGACUGCUCGAAACAGUCGGUCGGCUGUGUGCGUCGUCGCACAACGUGGCGCGAUAUGUGACAACGUCCAUUUGGAUGUACCACCUCUUGAUCUGGGCGUUCCCCACGCCCUCUGUGUCGGGCAAAUCGGCCGACGCGUCGGGUAUGAUCAUGGACGCCGACUGCGAUUACACCCCCAGCAUGCAAAUUCCAGCCAUGAAGAUCCUCAGCAUUCUCGGAAAUCCCACCAGCUUAGUGCUAGAAGACACGAUAAACGUGAUGGUUCGGUUCUUGCCCGUGUCGUUGAUCUACGAACUGGUCAAUCGGCCCCAAAACGUUGCCACGAUUCUCAGUGGCCACUACGAGGCGCCCGAUUUAGUGUGGAAUGUGACCCUUCGGACACAUUUCUACCGGGAGAUGCUGCAACUUGUGGUGAUCGUCAACAAGUGCUCCGACACUGAAGUCAUUUCAGACGAAUUAGCCCAAGUGGAUAUUGAUUACGCGUCCGUGUACCCGUAUCCCAUGGUCGGGGACGUGUACUUGCUCUUGUAUUUGGAAAAUCCGAUUCACCCGUUACGGGAUCCCAAGUUCUUUCUGGAGUGUCUCUUCGAAGACUUUGAAGCGCUGGGGCAUGCCCUCGUCACAUCGUUGUCGCAGCGAUCGAGUUUCAGUCCAGACUUGGUCAUGACGGUGCGCCAACAGACGCAGAUCCUGCCCAUGAUCACGUCGUGCAUCAUUUGUGCGCUAAGGGUGUAUCCGGUAUAUUUGGACGACGUUGCGUCAUGGAAAGUACCUGACAAGGUCGCGUCGUUGUUUGUGCUGCUUCAAAACGAACUGCGAUUGCCACAGCCCAAAGAGGAAGAAGCCGCAGCCGUGGUGGCCGAAGUGAGUCUGCUGCGGGUGUUUCGGGUGCUCUUUGUGUCGCCGCGCAUCGUGUCGUCGCUGGCAUACUCGCCAUACAACCUCCUUAGCAGACUGAUCUCGCACUGUCACAACUUGUCCACACACAAGAGCGAUUUGCACCCCGAGGUGGGCUUUAUCCUUGAAGUCGUCCGGCGGUUCCUGCUCUCGUUUCCAGACAAUGGCGAUAAGAACUCGGACAAGAACGUCGUCGCAGUUGUGUGUGGCCUCAACGUGAUGGAAAUGCUGCUCGACAUGAUCGAACAUCCUAUGACCUUGCAGCGCGUGGUCAAUCCGAUCCUGACCCGCACGACCGUCAUUGCAAUCCUCAACUACUUGGAACAGCAUCGCACGCAAGGAGCGCUGGCGCACCACAUUCUAAAGAAACACAAGAAAUGGGAUAAAGUGUUUCGACAUGAACCGACGGACGCGAUUCGAAACCAACCCGAAGACAAAUACCUGGUCGGGCCGGCCGCCAGCGCCGACGCCAUGAUCCGGUCGUUCUUGGCCAACAAAGCCAAGGCAGAUGAUACAUCUGGACCUCACUCGGGGGGCAGCCUCAGUCCUCCAUCGUCCAGACGCAAGGGGGGGCCGUCGACGUCUCAGAAACUCAAGAACCUCUUUCGAUAAACCCGCCCUGACGAGAAUAUAUAUAUAAUAUAUACAAUGUAUAUAUUAUAUCUAUCCUGUA